AUUUAUAUGUAUUUUUUAAUCAAUCGUCAUGAAUAUUAAACUUGUAUCGUGGGAGCUGACAGGCAGCUUGUUGCGCAGCUCUGAGAUCAGCUGCUAGCUGCUCGCCGACCACAGAUGUGAGUUGAAUCAUGCGUGUUGACAGUGAACCACCAUGGUAGCUUCAAUAUAUACGACCAGAUGCAGUCUGACAUCGCUCGGGGAUUGCAUGGACCGAGUUCACACGUUGUAACCGGCACUAUCUGAAGAAAGUUGGGAAGAUUUAGGAGAGGGAUAACACCGCUCCUGCUGCCCCACUUUUGGACAGCCGAGGCUACUGUCUUGGAGACAGAUUUUCGCUUUUUUUGAGGUCUCCUGGCACUCGACUAUUGUUGAUAUAAAUGAUGAAGUUUAAGCCCAACCAGACCAGGACGUACGACGGGGAAGGGUUCAAGAGAAGAGCAGCGUGUUUGUGUUUUAAAACCGAAAAAGAGGACGAGGUGCUACUGGUGAGCAGCAGUCGACAUCCAGACCAAUGGAUUGUGCCAGGAGGGGGAAUGGAACCGGAGGAGGAGCCCUAUGGAGCCGCUAUGAGGGAGGUGUAUGAAGAGGCUGGUGUGAAGGGAAAGCUUGGCAGACUACUUGGCAUUUUCGAGCACAAUCAAGACAGAAAGCACAGGACGUACGUCUAUACCCUCAUAGUGACGGAGACACUGGAAGACUGGGAGGACUCUGUCAACAUUGGGAGGAAGAGGAAGUGGUUCAAAGUUGACGAAGCCAUCAGGGUCCUGCAGAGCCACAAGCCUGUCCACGCAGAGUACCUGCGUAGGCUCACAAACACCUGUAACCCCACCUGCAGUCCUGUGUGUAGCCCGACUAAUGGCAACACCCAGAGCUCCCAAGUGACGGACAACAACACACCUCACUAUGUUGUUUGCGCCACACAGGGCCCAGAGCUAGUGAACAGAUAGGACACAGGCAGCGAGACGUUCUUCUUAGAGGACACCAGGAUGGACAUAUAAUCUGGAAAAGACUUCUGCAUUGAUUUGCAUUACUAACGCAGCCUCUUAAUAUGUACAGUAUGGACUUCAUUAAAGUUUCGAGAGGGCUUAAAGAGUGCCAACAUUUUUUUCUGGAUAUAUUUAAAAAUUUUAUAUGUAUAUUUUUUAACAACCUUCAUCAGCUAAUAGAGCAAAUGUGUCCCAAUUAAGGGUUCAGCUUUCUAUGGCUUUUCUCAAUAUGCUGCUUAUGCAUUGAAAAGAUCCUUUUUUGUUCUACAAGCGUAAUAUUUGACUAGCACCGAGUGUUUGGUUGGUUUCCUGGAUGCCAGUACUAGGAAGUGUUUGUUGAGGAAGUCCUACCCCCAACAUGACUCAGUGCCAAAUAAUGCCCUUCUGCAGGGCGUUUUGAAGAGGAGUAGCUACAUGUGUGUGCAUAUUUUGUUACAGUUCAGUUACUCGUGACACUUUUUUGGUAAAACUAAUGUCACCUCACUGUAGCUCAAGUUUUGUGAGGUAUUUUGCCUAAAGAGAGCUGAGGGCAAAGUCUGCUUUGGUGCAACUGGUGUGAACAACAUCGCUCCUCCUGUAAUUACAGCCUUAAAAGUACACACGGUAUCAUCUCUAAUCACUAGUAACAGUGCAACACAGUAAUAAAGAUUAGGUGAAUAUCUGCAAACCAGCCAUCACACUGAAGUGGAGACUUUAAUAGUCCUUCUUCAAACAUCCUUUUGUUUGUUCAUAUAUAUUUAUUGCUGUCAGGCUGAACAAAUUACAGUAUAGUGGCACAGUUUUGUACAGAAGAACAAAACUGCACAAUGAAAAUGUGCCAAAGACAGACCUUAUUCAACACUACGAACACAAACCGUAUGACACAAGAAGAAACUAUUAUGAUUAAGUGCACAAAUGUGAAGUCCUUAGAAGACAAUAGGGCGGCCUUGGUUUUAGAGAAGAAUUACAACGUGUUUUUGUCUUUUCUUCACAAGUGCCUUCACAAACACAAUAGUAAUUUGUGUUUAUUUUCUAGGCACCUGACUGGAAGCAGUACAAUCUGCCUUAAACCAGACCAUUAUACUGAGCUGUGGUUAGAUUUGAACAAUAGGAUGUGGAAGGAAACGUGGGAUCGUUGUUACAAUCAUUGUACUUCAUUUUGACUGAAUUUAUUUAUUUUUGUUUCAUCGGGGAAUACCCCCCUCUCACCACAAACAGGAAACUUGCAGGAAGUUAUGGUCAGUGUGCAAUCCAGACUUUUAUGAGUUCGGACAAAUUAUGUUAUAAUUAAGGUUUAUUGAAUUAUAUGUAUGGCUCUUGUACUGAAGUAGCGUGGCACAGAUCAGUGAUGAAUCGUUUUCUAUGUGUGCAUGUGUGACUGGAAUAUUCUGCUGUGCACCAUCAUGUUGUAUAUAAAAACCUCAAAAUAAAAAAAACACGUUUAUUGAUCAUA